UGACAUGGGAAAAAGCUGGGGGGCAGUUGCCCACCUCGCAGGUUGCCUGAUCCUGCCUGCUGCAGAUUCUCUUUACGUCACCUGGUUGACCUUUGACGCACAGGAACGUCAAAGGCUGUCUACAGGGGGAAACAGGCGCGUUUGCACCAUUUUUAUUUUUUUAAUUAAGUUUUAACAGAUUCUUUUUUUCAUUACCCAAGUAAUGACCAACACAUGCAAUAAAAGAGCAGAGGGACGGAAGUCCGUCAGCUAAGCUGAUAACGAAGGAAAUGCUGUUGGGUUUAACCACGUGGUAGCUUCGUCUUCCCUCCCUCCAGCAGCAGCAGACCCGCGUGCCGCGUGCAGAGUUAGCUGGAGGCAAAAGGGAGCACAGGGUGAUGCUCUCAUUCCAGCUGGAGGUGCAGACACUCCUUCUGUGAUGAAGAGAGACCUGCGGGUGUGUGUUAGAGCUCUCCCCGGAUCCCCAGCACUGGCUGGCUGCUGCGUCUGGCUUCCCUUCUUUCCCUGCAGGGGACGCGGAGGCCGUUUGCGUGGGCAGACGAGCCUUGGGGGGUUUUGUGUGCUGUCUCCGGCCUGCCCAGUGGAAAAGUUGGUACGGGGCAGUUCUCCCUGCAGCAGAACAGCCACGCCUUCCUUUAAGAGAGAAAAUAAUAAUAAAUAAAUGCGGAGACGCUGGAGGCUUUUGUCAUUGUUGUGGAGCAGAGCCCGGGGACGGAGCACAGGCCGGAGGAGCCCAGGCGGUGCCCGGGGGCCCCCUGCGCGCCGCGUCCGGGCCUGAGCAGCCGCCCUCCGCCCGCCGCGGGGGAAAGAGGGUCCCCGCGGGCCGUGCACGGAGCAGCGGCCGGGCAGCGCCUCCCCUCGCGGGGUGACACCGCGCCGCCGCCUCUCCCCGGCGCCGCCGGAAGCGGAAGGGCGGCUGCGGCUUCCGCUUCCGGCGCGCUGCCCUUGGGCUGGCCGGGCACGAUGGCGGCGCUGGGGCUGCUGCGGGCGGGGCUGCUGCGGCCUCGCGGCGCCGCCGCCGUCACGGCUCUCCUCCUCGGCAGGACGCCGCUCCGGCCGCCCGCCCUGCUGGCCGCCGCCGCCGCCCAGCACCCCGCUCCGGCCCGGCAGAGCCACGGACCCCCGCGGCCCGGCCACGGUCUAAAGAAUUUCCUGUCCAGACCAGCAAAGGGGCAAAUCACCUUCCACAGCCACAGAGGUUUGCAAUGCAUCUCGCCCUUAAUGCAGACGGUAGAAGAGACUCCGCAGCCCAUCCCAACAAAAAUCAAAGGACAUAUUCCCAAAUGGAUUAAUGGCAAUCUUCUGAGGAUCGGGCCUGGGAAGUUUGAGUUUGGUGAGGAGAAAUUUAACCACUGGUUUGAUGGCAUGGCCCUGUUGCAUCAGUUCCAGUUGGAGAACGGCACAGUGACGUACCGGAGCAAGUUUCUGCAGAGCAGUUCCUACUUGACCAACAGCCAGAACAACCGCAUCGUGGCCUCAGAAUUUGGGACAUUGGCAAUGCCAGACCCAUGCAAGAGUGUCUUUGGUCGCUUCGUGUCACGCUUUGAGAUACCACAGCCAAGUGACAAUGCCAGUGUGAACUACGUUAUAUAUAAAGGAGACUACUAUGUCAGCAGUGAGAAUGUCUUCAUGCACAAAGUCAACCCGGAAACGCUUGAAACAAAGGAGAAGGUAGACUGGAGCAAAUUUGUUGCAGUGAAUGGGGCCACUGCUCAUCCUCAUUAUGAGUCUGAUGGGACAGCAUACAACAUGGGCAAUUCCUAUGGGAAACACGGGUCUAGGUAUAAUAUCAUUCAGAUCCCUCCACAAAAGUCAAACUGCAGUGACAUGUUAGAGGGAGCAAAAGUGCUGUGCUCCAUUGCUCCAAUGGAUAAGAUGAAACCUUCCUACUACCACAGCUUUGGAAUGAGCAAAAACUACAUCAUCUUUGUUGAGCAACCCAUUAAGUUGAAUCUGCUGCAGAUCAUCACUUCCAAACUCCGUGGGAAGCCCAUUUCUGAAGGGAUAAGCUGGGAGCCUCAGUAUAACACCUUCUUCCAUGUGGUGAAUAAACACACUGGGGAGGUGCUGCCGGGGCAGUGGUAUAGUAAGCCCUUUGCUACUUUCCAUCAAAUCAAUGCCUUUGAAGAUCACGGCUGUGUGGUCCUUGACCUGUGCUGCCAGGAUAGUGGGACAGCGCUGGCCACUUAUAAACUUCAGAAUCUGCGGAGGACUGGGGAAGGCCUAGAUCAGAUUUAUAACUCAGUACCCCGAGCUUUCCCUCGCCGCUUUGUUCUUCCGCUGAAUGUGAAUUCAGACACACCUGUGGGGAAGAAUCUGAACCCUCUGUCUUACACAUCAGCAAGAGCUGUGAAAGAUGCAGAUGGCAAGGUCUGGUGCACACAUGAAAAUCUCCACCCGGAGGGCUUUGAAAAUGUUGGGGGCUUGGAGUUCCCCCAGAUUAACUACACGCAGUACAAUGGUAGGAAGUACCGUUUCUUCUACGGAUGCGGCUUUCGGCAUUUGGUUGGAGAUUCCUUGAUGAAGGUUGAUGUGGAGACCAAGGCAUUCAAGAUUUGGCAGGAGGAUGGAUCCUACCCAUCAGAGCCUGUGUUUGUGCCAGUUCCUAAUGCCAUGGCAGAAGACAGCGGGGUCAUCUUGUCUGUUGUGGUCUCCCCAACUGAGAACCAAAGCACUUUCCUGCUUGUCUUGGAUGCAGAGACCUUUAGAGAACUGGGGCGAGCAGAAGUCCCCGUGCAAAUGCCUUACGGAUUCCACGGCAUCUUUGCUUCCCACUGACAGAAAACCCUGCUGUUCCCUCUAACUUGGGGCCAAGUUAGGCUCAGAAAGAACCUCUGCUUUCUUUCACCUCACACCUUUGCAUUAUGCCCUGGAUGACGGAACUGCUUCUUCUGUCAUAACCUCUGAGUCACUGCUGCAUUCCCAGUAAUACACUGUAAAGGGUCUGAAACACACUCUGAGGAAGACAGUAGCCCCAUCACUCCAACAGCCUGCUGCUUUAUUUUGCUGAUUACCUUGCUAGGCCAAUUAGCAGCAGUUCACAAAGGCUGCCCUGUGUAAGGCCUGCAAGGGAGAAAAUGGAAACUAAGAUGACCAUUCCUUUCCUACAACCCUUACACAUGCUUUAUCACAUUACCUGAUCUUGCAGACAUGCAAAACACAUCUCUACCAUGCUCCCUCUUAAACAGCCUAAGUGGAUACAGCUCUGACAACUACCAUUUCCCACAUUGCUGUUAAUGUAACCAGUUUGAAACAUAUAGAACUCUAGUGUGGUCUUGGUAUCCCCUUGCUGUAACUUGUGCAGAUCAAGCUCGACACAACGCUCUUUCAUAUGCUUGGUUCCUCACUGAGGCUCCUGCAGUUUCUGGACAGUAGCCUCUGAGUUCAGCUGAGGUGGGGGUAGUAGGAUGUUUUGAGGGAAGCCGCUGUAGCAGUUUCUUUACAGGCUCUGGCUUUAAAGAUGCUAUGAAAGGUGAAGACUUCCUGGAGAAUGGAUUUUCCUCCUGGUUUAAGGAAUUUUGCCAUGUUUCUCAUGAUGAAGCACUAUAAAAUGUUUUGAGCCCCUUCCCCGAGCAAAAAAGUGAGCCUUGUGCCCUGGUGUUUUGGAGAAAGCCCGUGCUUCCUAUGUGCAAAUUUGCUUUAUUUCAAUUCCUCAUUUUUCUGGAGGCUGACCCAGAUGGAACAGAGCACAGUCAGAGCUGCCUCACUGUUCCCAAACAAUGUAGCUUUCUCUCUUUUCUGACCCUGCUUUCACCUUCCUUCUGGGCCUUGGGAAAAGAUGAGGAGGAGAAAUAAGGAUUGUACACCAAGACUGCAGAACGGGGAGAAGGCAGAGGGAGCGGCUCAUGCCAGAGCUGGUCUCAUAAAGCCACUAGAUGGCAAACAUCCCUCGGCAUUGGUGCUCCAGCCCUGCCACCCUGCUGCCUGGCCUGCUCCAGCUGGCAGCCCAGUGUGUGACCGGCCAUGUCAGCCAAGUGGAGUCUCACCGCCUUGGCCCACCAGGCUUCCCAGACCCCAGCAAGGUCAUAUCCCCACGGCUGGCAGCUGAUGGUGCUAAGGAAAUGCUUAAUGAAGGCUCCCAGAGUUUUGUCACCACUGCUGCUUUCUUUAAGCCUUUCCUCCUUGGGGAGGUGGUAAGGGGAAAGGCAGCUGUCAGCAGCUCACGCACAGCCCUGUGUUAGCUGUAACCAGCCACGGUACCCAAACCAGGGCUGUGGAUCAACGCUGCAGUGAAAGAGAGUGCAAAGUGUGUGUUAUGUUUACGAAGUUGCACUCCAACAGCACACAGUCCUAGGCCCUGCCUGCACCAUGUGCACGCAGGCUCUGCACCACUGCCUUAAGAGCUGUAUUUUCUCUUGAUCUGUAAUACAGAACUCAGCAGCUCCUGCCCCGAGGCUCGGAGUUUCCCCCUUCUGGUGAAGUGGCAGAUACACUUCAUUAUCCUUGGGGCAGCAGGAACACCGUGACGGCAACACGCUAAUGCACUUACCUCCAUUCAAAUCCUCGCAGCACUGAAGAAUCCCAGUCCCACACCCUCUCCCAAAGUUUUCUAUAAAUCACUACGCUUUACGGAUUCCUCUGCUUGAAAUGCAUGAAUGUUAUUACUGAA